GCUAGCAACUGGCCCCGGCGCGUGCGCCCAACGGCUUGCAUUGCACCGCAAGGGCUGCCCGGUUCGUGGCUACGAGACGAGACGCAACAGCUGCCCGUCCUGGGUGAUACGCGGCGCGCCGUUCCGCGUCGCCGGUUCUCCUCGUAGGUCAGAAGCUGUUGGGGGCAGCCCAUGAUGGCGCGCCGCCUCCUCCUCCUCCUCCCCACCAUCAAAGCCAUGAAGACGAAGAAGACCGUCUCGAAACCGACGAGCUGGACCUACCUGGAACGCUUCUGCUUCUCCGCAACGCCUGAUGAUCAAGAGGAGAAAACAGGUGAUCCUCCAGUCCUCGAGCUCCACGCGAACUUCGAGCUGAAGGUCAAGCAUCGGGGCGGUUCACUCUUGAUGUACUUUGAAGAGGGGGCCAACGCCUUUCCUUCGAUCGCCAAUAAAACUUUCACCGAGCUCAGUCUCGAAGAGAGGUAUGCCAAAGCCACGGUCGCCUACGACUUCCUCAUGGUCGACGGGCAGGAGACGACGUCCACCAAGAAGUCGUACUUGAUUUCAAGAAGCCCCAGAUUUGUCUACUUAGUGUGGAGCAACUACAACACGAGGUGCAACGAGAAGUGCUCUUCCGACUUUCAGAACGGUAGUUUGUCAAUCGCCCAGCAGGCGCAAUUAAUCUCGUGUGACUUGGAGUAUAAGAAUAGGUGCAUGGGUCCGACGGAGAUCGAAUACGAAUUCCACCUGUGGAACGGGAACGAGUGGGGCAAGGAAUUUUCUGCCGAUGAAGAUGCACUGCCCGUUACGUCCAUCCUACUCUUCUGUCUGCAAACACUUUGUUUAGUGGCAGCUUAUCGAGUACGCGUAAGGUUGGAGGCGGGCGGGAAAAAACUCCAUUUAACAACUAGAGUUUUGACCGAGGCCGUGGCCUUCGAGUGGGUCGCCCUACUCCUGAGGAUGUGCUUCUACUUGAGGUACCAGGGCAAGGGCCAGGCGCCCUUGUGGUUGGACACGUUGUCGCGAGUCUGCCACGGCGUCGCCGAUGUGGAAAUUGUCAUACUCCUCGUGUUACUGGGCAAGGGCUGGACGAUCGUACGCCACAAGUUACGCGUCGCGUCGCGCAUGAAGCUCGCGGCCUUUGCGGCGACGUACGCCAUGGCAUCCUUCGCGUGUCUGGCCCUGUGUGGAAAUCAGAUUCGGGCGCCCCCCGCCAUCGACGCGACGUUGGCCCCGUGGCCGCGUCGGAACCUAACUCACUGGUUGAUUUCCACACAGGCCUGGCCUGGUCGCAACGCGUCAGAAACGACGUCGAAGUACAAUUCGCCUAUGCCGGUUCGACAGGUAUCUUUUUAGCCGUUCUACGAUUAGUAGCGUGCGCCUGGUUCCUCAAGGCCGUGACGGAUACCAUAAAACAUUUCCCCCAGAAGCAGGCUUUUUGUAGGGUACUUAGAGUCUUAGGCGCGAUGUGGUUGCUGGCCACACCUAUCGUAAUAUUCGUCGCGCACAUGGCCGAGGACCCCUACCGACGAGAAAUCUUCGAGAUCGGCGAAGCGACGUGUUUCUUCCUGGGCCAGGCUGGGUUAGUUGCGUUGUACGCGCUGGGUGGCAAGGACACGUCCAGGGGCUGGUUCCAAAGAGACACGGAACGUGUGAGAAGGCCUCGACGGUCCGACGCCAUCGGCGCGCCGCCUCUCCGCGACUCCUUCGACGACAAAAAAGUUCCAGGCGACUUCGACAUUCUGACCAGUGGUAGAAGGCGUUUGAGGGUCGACGACGAGUUCGAGCGGAAUCAUAUAAGGAAGAUUGGGAAAGUAGCGAAGGCCAUCACGGAGCGCGUCUCAAAACUCAGAGAGGAGGCCGCGGCUUUCGGGGACGCUCUAUCCGCGGCUUUUGUGCCGGCGAAGUUCGACCAAGAUUUAAGAGUGCGGACGCCUCCUAGAAGGCGGCCGGAUGAUGGCGACCGGUGGCGGGCCCGCGACGACGGCGAGGCGCCGCGUCCUCUCCAAAGAUCGGGGUCCGCGCUCGACGACGCUUUGGACGAGGCGCUGCCCGAGUACUCGUCGGCGCGGCGGCGGCUCGGUUCUUCUGGUAGUUUUCGGUCGCAGAAGCCGGCUAAGAUCUAUACCUAGU